AUGGAGACACGGUUCUACGGUUAUUUCCUAUUUCGAAAUCAUCCAAUGGAUUGUGUUGAUCCAGAAUUACCGUCAAAUUUUGCGCUGCCUUUCCUACAAUGGAACGAAAGUCACCCAGUGUAUGUACGGAGCACUGGUAAUAGCAUGAUAUUGCCGAUAAUUUGUGUGAAACAUCUCAGCGAUAAGGAUCACUUGUUGAAAUUCGCUCAAAGUUUGCAUCAUAUGCGCUUAAGAAACAUCUUGGCUAUAUACAAUAGGAAUUUCUCUACUGACGCUUUAUCGGAAAUCGAAACAUUUUUCCAACACUGCCAGCAAGUAAAACUUAUUAAUAUAAUACUCGUACAUCGGGACUUUUCGCAUACACAUAUAUAUCAUUCGUACAAUCAGUUUCCCGAAUUCGCGCUGGAAACACAUGAUAUGCGCAACAGCACCUGCAUCUACCCGAAUCGGUUGGCCGAUGUUGCUGAUACGAAGUUGAACAUUUUGGUGGAUCAAGUCGAGCCGAAUACAAUGUUUUACGUCAGUAAGCGUGGUACACUCUAUAUCGCCGGUUAUAUUGGCCACUUUAUAGCUGAAUUUGCCGAAAGAUAUAAUUUCCAGUUAUGGUUACCCGAUAACUAUAAUUCUACAACCGAACAUGUUGUUUACACUGAAGAGAUACGGCAAGCGGCGCGUAACGGUUCAAUUGAUGUAGGCGCAAGUUUAUUGACACCACAAAAGGAAAUGAAUCUUCAUGGUUAUAUUUAUCCAGUUGAAUUCUUUCAAUGGUUUACCAUGCUGCCCGUAGAGCCACCAUUAGAAACGUAUCAGUUCUUUAUAAGGUUCUUCCGACCCGCUGUUUUACUGGGACUUUUCUUCGUCAUUUGGUUGCUGAGCUUUGUUGGUGCCAUACAGGUGGAGUUUGCACGCAGGGGCAUACAUUGGAAUCGUACUUUACUACUAAUGCUUAUAAUUCCCUGGGAAUUGGAUUUGUUGCGUGGUCUGCUCUGUCAAUCUACCGCUAUACGCGGUAAUUUCUUCUCGACAAAUCUGAUUAAAUGGUUAACGGUACCACCACACGAAGAACCGAUUGAAACUUUUCGUGAAGCUGCCGAACGUAAUGUGAAAAUACAACUUGCCGAACCCGCUAUAGCUGAUGUUAAAUUUUAUCGUGGCAAUGAAUUUUGGCAACAAAAUCGCGAUGCUUUUCACAUCGUAAGUACACUCGAUGAAUAUCAGGCGAAUAUACGUAAAAUGGAUGCACGUUACGGUUAUGUGAUGGAUACCAUAGCUUGGCCGAUAGUUGAGCAUCGCCAACGGUAUUUUACACAUCCCUUAUUUCGCUUGUCGAAAAGUCUUUAUUUCUCAAGGGGCUCACUACUCAGCCUGCCCAUAGGUGAGAAUUCCAUCUACAAGGAUCUUUUGAGUGAUUUUUACUUGCGGUCACGCGAAUCUGGCUUACUGCGUCACUGGUAUGAUAUCACCUUUUAUCUGAUGGUCAGAUUCGAACGCUUCUCUUUGAAGGAUCUCAGCGUAGAGCAUAAGCAUGAGGUGCUUACUUUGAAGGAGUUCGAAUGGGUUUGGCUGGCCUUUGGUGUCGGCAUGGGUUUCAGUUUAUUGACGUUUUUGGUUGAGUUGUAUUGGUAUCACUUUUGUGGUAGGGUUCAGCCACCAGUUGUACCUUAUACUUUUUAA